AUGCAUACCUUUCCACUUGUGAAGGGGACAAAAUUAACCAGUUUCUCCUUUACUUUCCUCAGCUUCUGUCCCUGUAGCACCAGCAAGACAGUGAGGCGAAUCCUGGUCGCCUGCCUGGUCUCCGUGGCCACCCUGAUGGGGAGCAUCUCUCUGGAUUUAAGCAAAACUCUGGAAUCGUGGAGGAACGUCAAGGCGGCCCUCACCAGCAUCCCCUCCUGCCAGACUGUCUGGGUCCUCCAUCUCGCCAGCCUCUUCAGAGAUGAGAUUCGUAGCCGGGAAGAUGGCGAGGGCAAAGCACUGAACACGUUCUUCCUGGAUCGCGCGUUGGGGAAAUUUGCAGUUUCCUGCGAGGGAUCCGGAGGGAAGGACCAUGUGAUGCAGGUGCCAUGCAAGGAAGACUUUGGGUGCCAAACUUUCGCCAGUGAGAUCAGGGAGAAGCUGAACGGCACCCAAGCGGUGGUGAUGGGUCUCGCGUGGUCCACGAUUGUUUCCGAAAUCCUCGAGGUGUUUGGGAGUCCUGAGAAAGACCUUGAAGCGAUAAAGUCGAACCCAGAUUGGGUUGACGUGGUGUCCCUCAGAGCCAUCCUCAGAACCAAAGGAGGCUUCCUGAAGUCCCAAGAGAUGCCUCCAUCAUCUUCUGUGGACGCCCAAGGCCUGUGGUACCAAAUGUCUGCCGUUCUGACCUAUGCCGUCAUCGCAUCUGAAAGCGUUCGAGGGUGUUGGGCGGAGAACCCAAACCUCUCCAUUUCUUCCACCCAAUAUGGGGGCAUCCCGGUUUUCUCCCCACCACCCUCUCCAUUGCCACCGGACGAGCAUUUGGUGAAGGACUUGGAUUCCUUGCAGGCCUGCUUGUGGGAGAAGAGCCGGCAGAGUCUCAGCAAGAAAUCCAGAGAUAUGCUCUCCCUGGUGAGCCUCAAAAUCUGCCUGCUGGCGGUCGCCAGCCUCAUCUACCCCAUCGUCCUGGUGUCGUUCAAGGAGAUGACAGAUUGGAUCCGGAAUUACGCCAGGAGCCUCAAGGAACGGACAGAGGAUUUGAAGCGUGAGCGGAGCUUGGCUGAGGACCUCCUGCACCAGAUGUUGCCCAAAUCCGUUGCCAAGCAGCUGAGGAAACGCAAGCAUGUGGAGGCGGAAAAUUACGACCAGGUAAAAACAGGUGACUUGCACACCGCUAGCCUGGUCUCUUCGAUUCAGGGAUGUCGCUCAAGGGCAGUCAGUGCAGAGAAGAAAUAAAUAAUAAAAUUUGUAUCCCACCUUUCCUCCCAAAGGGUCCCAGUGCAGCAAACCACCUCCAUCGAAAACAUCCUAGAAAACAGUGAAAAACCAGCCACAUUUUCUCUGCCAGUGAGUUCAGGGUUGCCAGAAACAGCAUCUUUCAGCCUCCAAAUGUUCGCCACCAUGUUACAUGUUAAAAAUUAUUAUUAUUAUUAUUAUUAUUAACCUUUAAAUCCCACUUUUUUCUCCAGGGAACUCAAGGCAUUGUACCCAGUGAUCUCCCUCCUCAGUCAAUCCUCCAAACAACCCUGUGAGGUAGGUUAGGCCAAGAGGCAAUGACUGGCCCAGAGGCCAUCCAGCGAGCUCCAAGUGGGGGGAUUCGAACGCUGGUCUCUCCGAGGUCCUAGCAAUGUAGCACAAGAGGAUGGCAAGCAUGGCAGGCAGAUUCGAGGACAACCAAAGAAACAUUUCAAGAUUUCAGUGUAGUGUAGCGCAGUGUAGUAUCAAAAUAUUUUUUAAUGGAUAGAUACCUUUUCAAAAAGGGACGCGGGUGGCGCUGUGGGUUAAACCACAGAGCCCAGGACUUGCCAAUCAGAAAGUUGGUGGUUCGAAUCCCCACAACAGGGUGAGCUCCCGUUGCUCGGUCCCUGCUCCUGCCAACCUAGCAGUUCGAAAGCACAUCAAAGUGCAAGUAGAUAAAUAGGUACCGCUCCUGCGGGAAGGUAAACGGCGUUUCCGUGCGCUGCUCUGGUUUGCCAGAAGCGGCUUAGUCAUGCUGGCCACAUGACCCGGAAGCUGUACACCGGUUCCCUCAGCCAGUAAAGCCAGAUGAGCGCCACAACCCCAGAGUCGGCCACGACUGGACCUAAUGGUCAGGGGUCCCUUUACCUUUACCUUACCUUUUCAAAAUGAGAGCAAGAACAUCAAGUGAUACUGAGGACAACCCUAGUUGUGUUUUCCAAUGUAUUUCUGAGCGUGAGCAGAUUUUUAUUCUGAAAGCGUGGCCCAGAGGAGAGUGGUGGUAUAUGUCGCCAGGGUAGGAAUUUUUUGCAAAUAAAUCGAAUAAAUGAAAAGAGAUAACACGCCGAGAGGCUUUCAGCUUCCCAACAGACCCCCUUCCCCAAAUACCAAAUGAAUAGUUUUUCGUUCAGAUAAUCAUAAUGAUAUAAUAAUAAAAAAUUAUUAUUUAUACCCCGCCCAUCUGGCUGGGUUUCCCCAGCCACUCUGGGCAGUUUCCAAUAAAAUAUUAAAAUACAAUAGUCUGUUAAACAUUAAAAGUUUCCCUAAACAGGGCUGCCUUCAGAUGUCUUCUAAAAGUCAGAUAGUUGUUUUUCUCUUUGACAUCUGGUGGGAGGGUGUCCCACAGGGCGGGUGCCACUACCGAGAAGCCCCUCUGCCUGGUUCCCUGUAGCUUGGCUUCUUGCAGCGAGGGAACCCCAGAAGGCCCUCAGCGCUGGACCUCAGUGUCUGGGCAGAACGAUGGGGUGGAGACGCUCCUUCAGAUAUACUGGACCGAGGCCAUUUAGGGCUUUAAAGGUCAACACCAACACUUUGAAUUGUGCUCGGAAACGUACUGGGAGCCAAUGUAGGUCUUUCAGGACCGGUGUUAUGUGGUCUCGGCGGCCGCCCCCAGUCACCAGUCUAGCUGCCGCAUUCUGGAUUAGUUGUAGUUUUCAGGUCACUUUCAAAGGUAGCCCCACGUAGAGCACAUUGCAGUAGUCCCAGCGGGAGAUAACUAGAGCAUGCACCAUUCUGGCGAGACAGUCCAAAAUUCUCAAUAACAAAAGAUUUUAUUGGCUGUUGUCUUUAUGCCUUAGUGAUAAGAAUCGGAAGGAGAGUAAGUGGGGUCCAGUGACGUUGCAGGGUGUUGAACUAGUUGAACUCUGCGAUUCUAUGAAUUGCUCCUCAUAGUUCCCUCUCACCUCUUGAGUGGUCACAUGUCGGCGACCAUUUUGAAACGCCUUCUGCUUCCCAAAGGUUUGCCAGGAAAUGGUACCUCGCAGGGAAAUAAAUGACCUCAUUUUCGCCAUCUCCUCUCUCGUCUCUGGGUGCUUGGCGAUCGUCAUGCGGGGGGACCCUCUUGACACCGCCCCACCCCGAAAAAGAAUUACAUUUGCAUUUCAACGAGAGGUGUAAUUUCCUAAACAAUCCCGUAAUUGAGCAAUUACGAACAGCCGGAUCAGAACCCUCAGCAUCAAAGACGAAGCCUUGGAGGAGAGAAUUGCAGAAAGACAUCUGGAGAUAAUUGCGGCAGCUAUAGGGAAUUCAGAGGGGGGAAACGAAGAAUUAAGCGAGGAUCCGGGCAGCCUUUAGGACAGAAUAUCAAAGAGGGCUUUAAGCAUCACUUCAUAAUCACGGGAAAGACAUCUUUCCUCAAACCCUGCUGUGGAGCUGUUUUCCCAAACCUGGAGUAGUGUAGUGGUUAGAGUGCUGGACUGGGACCUGGGAGAGCUGGGUUCGAAUCUCGACUAGGCUGUGAAGCUCACUGGGCCAGCCAUUGCCUCUCAGCCUGACCCACCUCACAGGGUUGUUGUGGGGGUUAAAUGAGUGAGCCACCUGGAGCUCCCGUGGAGAAAAAGGUGGGACAAAAAUGUAAUGAACACGUAAGCACACGGCUAUCUAUCGUAUAGAUGUGAUAGCUGCUUAAACACUUGUCCCGUGAUGGUUUGGCCCGGAAGAAGAGCAGCCUGCUAAGAGCCGCCACAACAUCUGGGAGCAGCCAUUUUUAUUUCCCACAAUGCUCUAUACCUCUAUAAAAUGCUAUUCACAAUAAAGGAGUGAAAUGAAAGAUAAGAUAUCAGAAAAAAGGAAAAAAGAACAAAGAAAAAAUAAAGAAGUAAAAGAAAAGGAUCAUAGGUGAAAUGUUUUUAAAGUAGAUAAGUACAGUGGUACCUCGCAAGACGAAAAACUCGCAAGACGAAAGAGUUUUUCGUUUUUUGAGUUGCUUCGCAAGACGAAUUUCCCUAUGGGCUUGCUUCGCAAGACGAAAAACGAAAAAAACGAAAACGUCUUGCAAGUUUGUUUCCUUUUUCUUAAAACCAUUAAUACCCAGGGUGACUUCGAGGAGCAACUCAUAGCACGUGGUGUGGUAGCCUUUUUUGAGGUUUUUGAAGACUUUGGUGAUUUUGAAGACUUUGGGAAACCGUGCUUCGCAAGACGAAAAAUUCGCAAGACGAAAAAUUCGCAAGACGAAAAAACUCGCAGAAUGAAUUAAUUUCGUCUUGCGAGGCACCACUGUAUUCACUAUACAUAGCCGUUUCCCAUCUAUAUUUAUAUUCAACUGUAUAAUUUCAUCUUGUCCUUAUCUACCUUAAAAAGUGUUUUUUGGUUUUUUUUAAAAAAAAGGACUUCCACCGUUUGCCUCAUGUGUUUUUAAUAAUCUGUUCGUCAGAUCCUCUGUUCUUCAUAUCUUCCCUUUGGAUUUCCUUAAUGUUUCACUUUGUAUUUUUUUUAAAAAAAAAUUAUUGUUAAAAUAGUUCAUCAUUAAUACACAUAUAUUACAAAUAUACAAGCAUACAAACAUACAUUUCAUACAAACCUUAAAAGUGUUCAAACAUACUUACACUCAAUCCCACAAAUAAUUUGUAUUUUUUAGAUUACGCACAAGAUUAUUCUAAACACAACCAGAUUUUUAUAGUCGAGCCCUGGUUUUGUAAAGAAUCAUUUAAGAACUCCCAUUGCUUCAUAACCAUAGUUUUGGAUUUUCUCCUUAUGAUGAUGUGGUAUGAUAAUACAGCCCAAUCCGUCUCCCCACAACAGGUAACCAUCUUCUUCUCGGAUGUCGUGGGCUUCACCAGCAUCGCCGCCUCCUGCACCCCAUUACAGGUGGUUGAGAUGCUCAACAACCUCUACGUCUGCUUUGAUACCCGGAUCGAAUCCUACGAUGUUUACAAGGUCAGUGGCUUCCGGCUUUGUUAAAGCAUCGGGGUGGUCAGGGAAGACUUCUCAGGCAGGAAAAGAAGAGGGCAACCCAAAAAGGACAGUGUGGCCAGGGGCCUACUGGGCAGGGCCGUUGUGAAUAAUAAUAACAACCAACAUAAGGUUUUCUGGAGAUCAACUUGAUGGAUCAACUUGAUGGAUUAUGCUGAAAUGGCUAAAAUGACCGGAAGAAUCAGAAAUCAAGAAGAUCAAAAUUUUAAUAAGGAAUGGGGGAAAGUUAUAAUUUAUCUUCAGAACCAUUGUAAACAGCAAAAACAUUUAGUAGGAUUGGAAUAACGCUUAUAGUUUAAUGGUGAAUUUUGGACAUAAUCCAAAAGGUUUGGAUUAUAGGAAAAGAUGCAGGAGGAAAUGAUUAACAAUAGGACCCACAAAGGAGAAGAGGGAAGUUCAGGAGGUUCUUUGGAAUCUUGUAUUUAUGUUGUAUGUUGGAUAUGUGAUUGUAAAACUUUAAUCUGACAACCAUGUGUGUGUGUGUGUGUGUGUGUGUGUGUGUGUGUGUGUGUACAUACACACACAUAUAUAUAUAUAUAUAUAUAUAUAUAUAUAUAUAUAUAUAUAAAGAUUUGCUGGAGAUGCACCUCUUUUGACACUUGGGAUGCCUAUUUUUGAGAUUGUAAGUCAUUUCAAAGGGAUGCGGGUGGCACUGUGAGUUAAAUCACAGAGCCUAGGGCUUGCCGAUUGGAAGGUCGGUGGUUCGAAUCCCCAUGACGGGGUGAGCUCCCGUUGCUCGGUCCCUGCUCCUGCCAGCCUAGCAGUUCGAAAGCACGUCAAAGUGCAAGUAGGUGAAUAGGGACCACUCCGAUGGGAAGGUAAACGGUGUUUCCGUGCACUGCUCUGGUUCGCCAGAAGCGGCUUAGUCCUGCUGGCCACAUGACCCGGAAGCUGUACGCCAGCUCCCUCAGCCAAUAAAGCGAGAUGAGCGCCACAACCCCAGAGUCGGCCACGACUGGACCUAAUGGUCAGGGGUCCCUUUACCUUUACCAUUUCAAACUGCUUUUAAUACUGUGUCUUGAUUACCCUUAGGGUAAAAGGCAGGCAGAAAUAAAUUUACAGUAGUAGUAGUAGUAGUAAUUUGCCUGGUGACCAAGCCACCGAAAGCAUGUUUUAUAUUUUCGCUCAGAUCUUGACUAAAUGACCCUCAAGGUCUCUUCCGAUUCCACAAUUUUUGGGUCCCUCUUCCCCACCAGGUGGAGACCAUCGGGGACGCCUACAUGGUCGUGAGCGGCUUGCCAGAGAGGAACGGCACAAAGCAUGCAGAUGAGAUCGCCAAGAUGGCUCUGGACUUGGUGGCCGCCGUCCGGCAAGUCGUGAUACCCCACAUGCCCAGCGGCAAACUGCAGCUACGGGCCGGGAUUCACACAGGUGAGAUAGGUUGGCAGAGAUGGAGAAGAGGCAGCCACAUGGGGGCAGCGCUGUCCAACUCUUUGACCUGGUAUUCACCUUUCUGUCAAUUUUAAUCAUUUUUAAAGGCAUUUAACUGGUUUUUUUUUAAAAAAAACCCCCGAUAGUUUCAUUUUUAUUCUUUUUGUAAACUGGUUUGUGGGUGUUGGGUUGUUGUUGUCGUUCUACAAUCAAGCAGUGCACAUUUUUUAAAUAAAUCAGUGACUGCAAUGAUAAAGGGGAUGGAGUGACUCCCCCUAUGGCGAAAGUUUGCAUCGUUUGGGACUUUUCCGUUGAGAGAAAAAGCAAGAGGUGACAUGUAGAAGUUUAGCACGGCAGGGAGCAAUUCUUUUCUCCCUCUGGAAUCUGAGGACAUCCAAUGAGGCUGAAUGCUGGGAGAUUCAGGACAGAAAUCUCCUGAAUUUCAGUCCUCGCAGCACAAAGUUAAACUAUGGAACUCCCUGCCACAGGGAUGGCCACCAACGUGGCUGGUUUAAGAGAGGAGUAGACAAAUUCGUGGAGGAGGAGGAGUACUAUUGAUGGCUAGUUGCCACAGUGGCUAUGCUCUGCCUCCACAGAAGAGGAGGAGGAGGAGGAGUUUGGAUUUGAUAUCCCGCUUUAUUACUACCCGAAGGAAUCUCAAAGCGGCUAACAGUCUCCUUUCCCUUCCUCCUCCACAACAAACACUCUGUGAGGUGAGUGGGGCUGAGAGACUUCAAAGAAGUGUGACUGGCCCAAGGUCACCCAGCAGCUGCAUGUGGAGGAGCGGAGACACGAACCCGGUUCACCAGAUUACCAGUCUAUCGCUCUUAACCACCGCACCACACUGGCAAAAGAGAGCUCUUGUGCUCUGGUUUCCCAUCUACAGUGGUACCUGUUGGUUUCUAUUUCCCUCACUGAGCAGCAACUGCAGUCACAAGACAUUGUUUUGCAUUCCACAGUCAGAGUUACUGUUGGAUUCCCACGGGAAUGGGAGACUGGAUGUGACGUACACUGGUUUCCUGUUUUUCACUGUUUCUCUCGGUGUUCUUUGUUUCCGAGAGGAGUUGCUUCUCUGCUCUCACAGAGGCAAGAUGCAUGUUUGUAUUCUCUCAGCAUAGAGUGGAAAUAAAGUUAAGAAUGUGGCACAUACUGCUUAUCCUUCUGCUGUGUGGACUACUCUGCUUGGGCUCAAGAUAAGACGAGCCUGUAUCAGCUUCAGAUGGGCCGAAGCUGGUCAAAAUCUCACAGUACCUUGGUCCUCAAAUGCCUUAGUACUCAAACAACUUAGAACCCAAACACUGCAAACCGGGAAGUAAGUGUUCUGGUUUGCUAACUUUUUUGGAAGCUGAAUAUGCUCCAUUUUGAGUGCCAUACUUCUGUUUUGAGUGUUAAGAUGAGGUCUGUUUGUUUUUGCUAUUUAUUUUUCGUUUUUGUUUUUGCGGGGUUUUUUCCAUUUUGUUUUUGUGACUAUGUGGAACCCAGUUCAGCAACUGAUGGAUUGAUUGAUUGUGUGACUGCAGUACAUUGUUUAUUGCUUUCAUUUUAUGGAUCAAUGGUCUUGUUAGAUAGUAAAUUUCAUGGCACAGUGGUACCUCGGGUUACAGAUGCUUCAGGUUACAGACUCCGCUAACCCAGAAAUAGUACCUCGGGUUAAGAACUUUGCUUCAGGAUGAGAACAGAAAUUGUGUGGCGGCGGCGUGGCGGCAAUGGGAGGCCCCAUUAGCUUUAGGUUAAGAACAGUUGGUGCUUCAGGUUAAGAAUAGUUUCAGGUUAAGAACGGACCUCCAGAACAAAUUAAGUUCUUAACCCGAGGUACCACUGUAAAUGCCUGUUUUGGGGGUUGUUUUUAAAAGUCUGGGGCGGAUUAAUCCAUUUUGCGUUGCUUUCUAUGGGAAAGAGCGUCUUGGUUUUGGAACGGACUUCCGGAACGGAUUAAGUUUGAGAAAAAAGGUACCACUGUCGUUGGCUACUGUAAGAAAAGGAUACUGGAGUGGAUCUGGCCUGAUCCAGCGGGUGGUUCUUAUGUUAUUGAACAAAAAAUCAUCUCUGUCUGCCCUGACAUUUACCCUCCUCUCCCUCUCCCUGUUUCUCUCACCUAGGUCCGUGUGUGGCUGGCGUCGUCGGACAUAAAAUGCCUCGUUAUUGCCUCUUUGGCGACACGGUGAACACAGCCUCUCGUAUGGAGUCCACCAGUUUGCGUGAGUGGCUGUGACCCCCGCCACAUCCCUCCGCCCCACAAGAUCCCAGAGAGCUUGCCAUCGCAGCCAGUUUGCUUGAUUCUGUUUGCUUGUUUUUAAUUUCUUUAUUUGGUUUUUUAGAUUAAAACUUUACAGUCACAUAUUGAACAUACAACAUAGAAACAAGAUGCCAAAGAACCUACUGGAGUUCCCUUAUUCCCUCUGUGGGUCCUAUUGUUAUUCAUUUCCUCCUGAAUCUUUUAUAAUAAUCCAAGUCUUUUACCUCUCCAUUAUGUCCAAAAUUCACCCUUAAACUACAAGUGAUAUUCCAAUCCUACUCAGGAUUUUCACUGUUUACAAUGGUUUUUAGGAUAAAUUAUCAAUUCCCCCCGUUCCUUUUUGAAAUUUUAGUCUUCCUGAUUUCUGAUUCUUCUGGUCAUUUUUGCCGUUUUGGAAUAAUUCAUCUAUUUAAUCUGCCAUUCUUCCCUGGUCGAGACUUUAUCUUCUUUCUAACUGUGAUUCCAAAUUGUUUUACAGUGGUACCUACCUCAGGUUAAGAACUUAAUUCGUUUUGGAGAUCCGUUCUUAACCUGAAACUGUUCUUAACCUGAAGCACCACUUUAGCUAAUGGGGGCCGCCGGGCCGCCGCUGCGCAAUUUCCGUUCUCAUCCUGAAGCAAAGUUCUUAACCCGAGGUACUAUUUCUGGGUUAGCAGCAUCUGUAACCUGAAGCAUCUGUAACCUGAAGAGUCUGUAACCCGAGGUACCACUGUACUUGGGUUGCAGCCCUUGCUACUCCUCCUACACAGAGUAGACCCAUUGAUGUUAACAGGCAUGACUAACCAAGCCUUAUUAAUUUCAGUGGGCCCAUAGAGUAGAACGCUCAAACUGACUACACACCAUGCAUUUAAAGCACACAACUUCUCUCAAAGAAAUUCUAGGAACUGUAGUUUGUUAAGGAUGCUGGGAGGUUAUAAAUUUCCCCCAUUCCUUAUUAAAAAUUUGGUCUUCCUGAUUUCUGUUUAAGAAUAAUUUUUUAUUAACCGACCAAUCACAUCAAAUCAAACCAAAUUACAUAAAUUCCAAAUUACACAGCCGAAUUUUAAAUUUUUGUUGGGGGUACCCAUAUUUCAAGUUCCGAAGGGAUCCAAUCAACUUCUUGCUUCUUACUGCUGUUUUAAUGUCCACAAAUCUAACCUUAUGAUGUUCACAGUAUUAUCCAGUCCUUUCUUAUUAUUUUUCCACAUCUCUUGUUGUUAUUUUCAUAUAUUUUGGUCUUCCUGAUUUCUGAUUCAUCCAGUCAUUUUAGCCAUUUCGGCAUAAUCAAUCAACUUGAUCUGCCAUUCUUCUCUGGUCGGGACUUUAUCUUCUUUCCAUCUCUGAGCCAAUAACAUCGCCGUAGCCAUGGUCGCAUACAUAAAUAAUCCAGCAUAUACAAAAACGUAAUUAAACAUUAAAAACUUCCCUAUACAGGGCUGCCUUCAGAUGUCUUCUAAAGGUUUCAUAGUUAUUUCUUGACAUCAUAUAUAUGUGUGUGUAUAAUUUUUUAUUAAGUUUUCUUUUUUACAAUUUUGAAUUUCAUGUUAAAUGGCUGUUUCGGGGGUUGUUUUUAAAAGUCUGGAACGGAUGAAUCCAUUUUGCUUUACUUUCUAUGGGAAAGCGCACCUUGGUUUUGAAACACUUUGGUUUUGGAACGGACUUCAUGAAUGGAUUAAGUUUGAGAACCAAGGUACCACUGUAGUAAAUCAAUCAAUCAAUCAAUCAAUCAAUAAACAAACAAACAAACCAGGAGGAUUAUGGGUUGUGGGGGUUUGACCUACAGUUUCCCCUUUUGACCAGGAGGUGGCGCAAGGACAGCUCCGCGUUUAACUAUGUGUCUUCUGAUAACUCAUUUCCCAGCUCAGAAGAUCCACAUCAGUUCCGCCACAUACCUUGCGCUGCUGAAGGACGAUGCCUAUGACAUUGAGCUGAGAGGGGAGAUUGAAGUGAAGGUGACUGCUACUAUUAUCUCCGCUCAUUUAGCACAGCCUGGGGCAUUUGCAGGAGAAAGCAGAAAGGAAGGCGAGUUCUCUGCCCCAAGGAGCUUACAGUGGGGUUGUGUUCAACUAUGUUUUAAUCAGAGGAGAUCCCUUGAGAUUAAUGGGUCUGCUCUGAGCAGGACUAACUAUACGUUGUAUCCAACUAAGUUGUAUUAAUUUGAAAUUAGUGGACCUAAGUUAGUCUUGAGGACUAGUAACUUUAUUUUGUGUUUUCAAAAAAUGAAGUGAGAUUUCUAGGGUGCACCAGUUUGAGCCAGAUAUCACACUCUGGGUUGCUUCUGACUAAGUUCAACACAGAGCAAACCUGUUGAAAUUAAUGGAGUCACUCACAUCCAUUAACUUCAGUGGGUCUACUCUGAGUACAACCAGCACUGGCUACAAUCCAUUCUGGAUUUAUAUAUAAAGAAAAACAGGAUGAAAAUAACUUUCUGUUAUUAUUAUUUUUUUAAAAAUUGAUUACAUUUACCAAAUACACCAAAUACCUAAUAAUCGACUAUAUGUUUUGGAAAGUUGUUUUUCCAUUCGCUGUGUGUUUGCACACCUCUUGAGAUAUCCUGGCCAAAUGUUGCACAAAACCAAGGAGCAGGUUUUCAUCUAUGUUUGGAAACAGUUGGGAGCCAUUUUGAAUCAAGAUGGCAGGCGGACCCUUUCAAAACUGCACAGGUUUUGACCAAAUUUAGGUUUAUGGUUCCUCAGAUCAAGGAGCUGGUUUUCGCCUGUGUCUGGAUGCAACCGGGUGCCAUUUUGAAUCAAGAUGGUGGACCGAACCGUUUGAAGCUGCGCUGAUUUUGAACCCCAGAUUUCAUGGCUGUGCCGAUUUCUUUGGCUUCUGAGAAUUCCCAAAUACCCCCACCCAGACACACACAUGGUUACAUCACCUUGGCUAGGCUGAGGGUUUAAAAAUCUCCCCUUUUCUCUCUCAUCCUGGGCAGGGAAAAGGGAAAAUGAAGACUUACUGGCUGCUUGGGAAUAAGAAUUACAGCAUCCAGAACGAUAGCCUCGUGUGCCAUUGGAAUCCAGUGUUAUCGCAGAAGAAGAAGAUGGAACUCAGCCUCGCUUCCAUCCAGAAAGUAUGGGGUUGA